CUCAGGUGAGUUUAGUGACGUCAUACAGGAAGUGGACAGAGGGACGUCCGUGUCGCUACGAGUUGCUGUUAUUGCGUUUUCUCGAAAAUUGCAGAUAUAGUUUUAUUUUGAGGAACUUUUCACACGCUGCAAAAAGAUGUGCAACUUCGAUAAGGUCAAAGGGCCAGGGAGGUUAAUGAAAAAGGGGUUAACUCUCAUUUUGGUUGGACACAUCAACUUCAUCCUUGGAGCUAUAGUCCAUGGCAGUGUUCUCCGCCACAUUUCCAAACCCAGCCAGCAUAUUAGUACCGAAUACACUGUCUCCAACAUCAUCUCUGUCUCAUCAGGCCUGCUGAGCAUUGCCUCUGGGAUUAUUGCUAUUGUGGUAUCAAGGAACCUUCACGAAUUUAAACUGCAAAUAGGACUUUUGAUUGCAUCAUUCCUGAAUGCCUUGCUCUCAGCAGCAUGCUGCACCGGGCUUCUCUUGGCUAUUAGUAUCACUGUUGCCAACGAUGGGAAGGGUCUGAUGUUUGGAUGCAACGAUACAGUGGUGCCCAUAAAUGCUCGGUCACCUGUCAGUGCACAAUGUCCGUUUGAUACCACACGAAUCUACGACACCACCCUGGCUCUGUGGAUCCCUUGUUCUGUGUUGUCUGCAGCUGAGGUUGGACUGUCAGUGUGGUGCUUCGUCGUUGGACUGGCUCUCAGAGGACUCACACCCUGUGGGAACAGCUACAUCAAAGAGCAGUUGGAGGAAGAGGCUGAGUACUCUCCUCACAGCCGUCGCCUGAUUGGACAUCACUUAAAUGUUGAAGCAUGAAAAAAGCAUAAAGUGCAACUUAAUCCCACUGUAUGUGUGUACAGAUUGAUAUAUUUUACUACAGUCUGUUAGGUGAGUGUCACAGGAACUGAGACAGAUAAUAGUUAUUUUUUUCUGCAGUACUGUAAUGUCACACACAGAGAAAGUGUGAAGAGAAUACAGCUUGCCUAAUUUCAGUUCAAGGAUAUUUUUAUCUAAAAUCACAAUCAAUGAUAAUUUGAUUUAAGAAAAAAGUCAUGUUUGUUUCAAUCUGUGUGGUUCAAACUGCAGGACUUGUUGUAUCUUUAUAAAAAUAUAUUGUGCAGAUAUCCAGGUUCCUGUCUGAAUGCUACAGUAUGAUGUGAAAGAUCCUUUAGUCUUCGCAGUGUGCCGCCUUUACAGUUUGGGUUUUAUUGCCAAAUAUGUCAUGCUUAUGCAUGUCUUUCAGUAUGAAGAAACCUUUGUUUAUUAAUUUUUUAUCUUAAAUGUUUAUAAGUAUAUUUCAACUUGUAUAAACCUGCAUUUCAAGAAAAUCUAAAUUUUUAUUAUUUUACUGUUUGUCCACAUUUUUUAACCACUCCAUUACAUCUGAGGUGCAUUUAACAGACCAUGUUUGUCUACGUUUGUCUAAAUUCUUCUUUGAAGCCCAAAACUGUUAUGUGAAGGAAUGUCACGUAAAUUGUGAAAUGAUGUGAUUUUCUAUGUACUACCGAAACUGUAAACGAUAAAAAUUGUUUUAUGUUCAA